UGCUGAGCGUACAGUAAUGUUGUCUUCCUUCACGUUGUUUUUAGCUCUGCUGCUGAGAGGGAUUUCAAUGUUAUUGUUAGCAGACAAACACAGAUGAGAGUGCAUUGACACACGCUUCAAAUACGUGACAAGGGAGCACGCUCACAAAGAAACGAAGCAGAUGUGAGUAUUUUUGGGGUGACGGCCGCUCUCUGUCUCGAUCCAGAUCAGAUCUGAACAGGCGGAGAUAUGAACGAUGCGGAUUCAGCCUCGAGGAAGCAUGCGAGCUCCCGAGAGCUUCAGACUCCCAAGAAUGAGGAUGCCUUUGAAAUCUCCAUUCCUUUUGAAGACAACCACUUUGAUCAGCAGGGAGGCUUUUACAACCAGAAUGACCAGAACUUUGAUGGUAGUGAUCCGCCGGCACCGAGCAGCUCGUACCUGUUGAUCACUAACUUGCGCACACAACUGCAGAUCUCACUGGAGAAAAAUUCAUGGCUGCAGAAACGCAUCGAGGACCUGGAAGAGGAGAGGGAUUUCCUGCGCUGCCAGCUCGAUCGGUUCAUCUUCUCGACCAAGAGUCAGGAAAGCAACGGUACUGAUUCCAGGAGUUUUUCUUGGAGAAGGAGAAGAGAAAAUGAUCGAGAUCAACAGGUGGAGAGUCAGCGUCUGGCCAGCCGCCAGUCAUUCCAGCAGAGGCCCGCCCCACAGACUUCAGCCAAUCCCAAGGCCCUGAGCUCUGUCCCUGGUUCAGUCGGUGCUCAGAUAAAUCCCAUGUAUGGAUCUCCACAUCCUCAGCCUCUUUUGCAGGGCACCGGCAGCAGCUGCAGUACAAACAACAGGUCCCUCAAUGAACUGCAAGAAUCCCUCUCUCUUGUGGGAGAUGAAGAAGAGGAUGACUAUCUUGAGGAUAGCUACCUUGAGGAAGAGGAAAUGAUGUCAAGAGAGGACGUGAUGACGGACAGCAUGUCACUUCGGAACAUUGGCACAGCUGUAAGAUCCAGCGGCGGUCAUCCGGCUCUGAAGAGAAGGAGGGUUUUCAGGAUCGCCAGAGGGAGAGAACGACAGAGAGUGAAAGAUGCGGCAGGUGUGUUGUUCCGCUAUAAAAAGAUCCUGCUAACAUACCAGAGGUUAAAGAACAUGUCCAAGGCCUUCCAGAUCCACGGUGUUGAUCGUAAUACGGUGGCCUCUACCACACCCAUCGCUGAGCUUCUGCUGGUGGCUCCAGAGAAGGUGGCGGAGGUGGGCGAGUUUGACCCGUCUAAAGAGAAGCUUCUGGACUACGCCCGACGCUGUUACAUCGCCCUCGACCCCCAGACACUCAGCAAAGUGCAAGCUCUGAAGAAGAACAAUCUCCUCCUGCCCAUCUCAUACAGGUUGAAAGGAACGGAUAAUCGGUAAUUGGAGGAAUAAGUGGGGUGAUUCUUAUCCUGCUGUACAGUGAAACCCCUUCACUGUAUUUUAAUGUACCAUAGAACACACGUCUCCCAUUUGAACCUCCACAUAAUGCAGUUCAGAUCCGCUGUACUCUGAAGCAACUCUACGAUUACCUCUGUUCACUCACUCAUAGAGCUGGACGCUCAAAGCUGCGGGUGGGCUGCACACUUAUGCUUUCAGGUUUGCCAUUUUAAAAAAGAACUCGGUUCUCAAACUCAUUAUUUCACAUCAGACAUCGUAGUAUCCUCUAACGGUUGCUCCGGUUAAAUCUCAGUUGACACUUUUGAAACCAGUCCAAAAUGUGCAGCAGCAGCAUCAGCCCUUUGUGAUGUGUAGCUCUUUGCAAUGUGUGCUGCUCAGAAGUUCUUUGUUGAGUCAUUUGAUCCUUUCAGUUGUCCCGAGUGUGUGUCCCGGUUCUCCUUAUCUCAUAGCACUUACUUGACACACUGAAAGACUUUUGAAAUGUAGGUCCUUUUAAAAAGUGGUGCACGCAUCUACACAUGCACUCCUCCCGUUUUAACACAGUGCUACUCUUUGCAAGCGGCACCUGUAUGUUCUCAGUGGAGUGUUUGUGCAUUCGUCUCCCUUAAUCACGGCCCGUCUCCUAUUAGAUGACACUGACUGUUCAGCAUGUGAAAAGUUUUUAUAGUGUAAAUCAGUGAUGAAACGUGUUAAAACAGUUGGUAGUGUUACUAGUCUAGUCUAGUACCGCAUAGUGCAGAUGAUGUAACGUGAGGGAGUGAGUGCAGACAUGUUCCUGUUCUUCCUGGCGCUGAAGUUCUCAUGAGUGUGUGUGUUUGUGUGUCUAAAUUCACCGUGUAUGUCUGAAUGCAUGUUGUGUGUUUGUUAGGAUGCAGUGUGCUUGAGAUUAGACUAUUCAAGUGGCUAAUAAACAAACAGCAAGCUUCUCUUUA